AUGGCUCGCCCCUGCCCCUGGUACCUGGCCGGCACGGCGGGCCCGAGCGGCUUCGGCUCGCGCACCACCGCCGAGGAGGCCACGGACGGCGCCGGCGACCUGAGCCACGUCGGGGAUCCGGGCGGAGAACGGCGCGGGUGCUCGGCCAAUCGCGGCGCCAGGAUGGUGCUCCCGGCAAGAAACCCAAGGCAGCCGAGGACGCCCGCGCGCGCCUCCUCGCCGAGCUCGGCCCCGCCACGGACGCCGGCCGCGUCGUGGUGCCGCGCGCACGACGACCAGGGGCGGCGGCUUCUCGGCGAGCGGCAUGGUGGCCGGCAUGCGCGACGCGGCGAGUCGUGGCGCGGGCGCGGGCACGAGCACGCCCGUGGCCGACGCGCGCCGCCCCCGCCUGUGUCCGCCCGUGCCGCCCCGCUCGUGCAAGCUCUAUGGCCGACGCGGCCGGCGCCGCGCCGCCCCGCCCCGCUCGUGCCCGUCCCCGUCCGUGGCCGACGCGGCCGACCGGAUGGAGGCGCGGCCCGUGCCUCGCCGCGUGCACGGCCCCGUCCGCCGCCGCGGCCCCGUUCGAUGCCGCCGGCGUCGCUGCAAGCUCGUAGCGGGCGCUGCCCCGUUCGACAUCGCCGGCGCGGCUCCAAGCUCGCUGGGGGCACGGAGCUUGUUUCGCCUUCGGCGACUUCCGGCGGGUGUGAAAAAAAGGGAGACGGCGGCGACCGGUGCCUCCGUGAGUAG